GCAGUUGCCGACGACACGAAAACACGGAAAGGGACACAAACAAAUCUCCAGUGGGAGAGGUUACGGUGCGAGGGUGUUGUUAGUUGCAAAAAUCUGACGGGUAUAGCCACUUGAUCAGCUUUUCGUCUUAUCGUGUGUGAAGAUCGUGUCGAAGUUGUGGGUGAGACUGAAUGGUCAGGAUAAAUCUGUCUACCGUCCUCUGAAGCUACCAAGCCACAUCUGACUGCUACUGGUGACUCUCCUGUGUGAGCCUCACUAGUGGCGUGUCUCAACUCUCGCUCCCACCGCGCGACGUCUCAGUGCAGUGCAGUGCAGUGCAGUGCGGCCCGCUGUGGUCGACCGGUGUGUGCCAGUGCGAUGGUCGCGGUGACGGCACCGUGAACCGACCCGGUGCGUGCAGACACCGCUCCUAGUGCGUGUGUGAGUGAGUGAGUCCGCCGCCGGCGGUGCGCGGCGCGCGCGCGCCAUGGCGGCCGCCGGGGGCGAGCCAGAGGCCGGCGAGCAGGGCGGCAUCCGCACCUCGUCGGACAUCAUGCGCUCGACGAUGACGGACGACCUGCGGUUCGCCGUGCUGAUCGGCCUGGUCGAGGUCGGUCAGAUGGAGGACAAGGAAAUCGUCAACACCGUGCUCCACCUGCUGGUCGGUGGUGAGUUCGACAUGGAGCUCAACUUUGUGGUGCAGGACGCCAACAACAUCCUGCACAUGCUGGAGGUGAUGGACCACUGCUCAGUCAAGCUGCAGGCCGAACUCUGGAGUGUGUUCACCUGUAUCCUGCGCAAGUCGAUGCGCAACAUGCAGGCCUGCGUGGAGGUGGGCCUGAUCGAGCACGUGCUGCGCCGACUCCCCAAGGCCGACACGGUCGUGGCAGAUCUUCUGGUGGAGUUGCUGGGCACACUGGCCACCUACAACGUGACGGUCAGCCAACUGAAGCUGCUGGUGGGCAGUAUGAAGGCAGACGGAGACGGCUGGCCGCGUCACUCGAGUAAACUGCUGUCGGUGCUGCGUCAGAUGCCGCAGCGUAACUGUCCAGACACAUUCUUCAUGUUCCCCGGGAAAACCAACUCGGCGAUCGUGAUCCCUCCGCUGGCCCGCUGGCCGUACGAGAACGGCUGGACGUUCGCCACAUGGUUCCGCCUGGACCCCGUCAACUCGGUCAACAUCGAGCGGGAAAAGCCCUACUUGUACAGCUUCAAGACCAGCAAGGGCGUCGGCUACUCGGCCCACUUUGUCGGCUCCUGCUUGGUGCUCACCGCUAUGAAGAUCAAGGGCAAGGGGUUCCAGCACUGCGUCAAAUACGAGUUCCAGCCGAGACGGUGGUACAUGAUCGCGAUCGUGUACAUCUACAACCGGUGGAGCAAGAGCGAGAUCAAGGUGUUUGUCAACGGCCAGCUGGCGUCCAGCACAGAGAUGGGCUGGUUCGUGUCGCCCGGCAGCGAGACAUUCGACAAGUGCCACAUCGGAGCCACCAACGAGCCGGACGAGGAGCGUGUCUUCUGCGGCCAGAUGUCGGCCGUCUACCUCUUCUCCGAGGCGCUGAACGCACACCAAGUCUGCGGCAUGCACCGGCUCGGCCCCGGAUACAAGAGCCAGUUUCGGUUCGAGGCCGAGAGCAGUGAUCGUCUUUCGGAGAACCACAGACGGGUGCUCUAUGACGGCAAGAUGUCUGCAGCCAUCGUCUUCAUGUACAGCGCGGCCGCCACGGACGGUCAGCUCUGUCUUCAGUCCGCUCCCAAGGGCAACCAGAGCUACUUUGUCCACUCGGCCCACGGCCUGAUGCGACAGGACGUGCGCGCGGUGGUGACACACUCGAUUUACGCCACACUGAACGCCAUCGGCGGGAUCCAGGUGCUGUUUCCGCUGUUCUCUCAGCUGGACCUCCCCGUGGAGCCCGGGGCUGACGGAGCUGACGGGCGGCGAGACCCCAGCCUCUGCGCCACGCUGCUCGGCUUCAUCUGCGAGCUGGUGGAGACGUCGCCGGUGGUGCAGCAGCACAUGCUGCAGUGCCGCGGAUUCCUGGUCAUCUCACACCUCCUGCAGCGCACCGGCCGCGAGCAUAUGAACGACCAGGUGCUCAGCGUGUUCCUGCAGCUCUCCAAGUACCUGGUCACCUGUCCCGGAACCAACACGGAGCUACUGCUCAAACAGCUACUGGACCACGUGCUGUUCAACCCGGCGCUGUGGGUGUACGCUCCUGUCGGCGUCCAGACGCGGCUCUACGGCUACCUGGCCUCUGACUUUCUGUGUGACACACACAUCUACAACAGCGUGCGGCGUGUGUCGACCGUGCUCCAGACACUGCACACGCUCAAAUACUACUACUGGGUAGUCAGCCCCAAGGAGAAGAGCGGGGUCACGCCUAAAGCUGUCGACGGCGCGCGCCCUUCCAAGAAGGACGUCCUGCUCAUCCGCUCGCACAUGCUGCUCUUCCUGAGACAGCUGAUUUUGAUCGGCAACGGCGUCAAGGAAGACGAACUGCAGAGCAUCCUCAACUACCUGAGCACGAUUCACGAGGACGAGAACCUGGAGGACGUGCUGCACACGCUGAUCGGUCUGAUGGCCGAUCACCCCGCCUCCAUGGUGCCCGCCUUCGACCUCAAGCUGGGCAUCCAGUCGGUGCUGAAACUGCUCUCGGCUCAGUCGCAGACCAUCCGACUGCUGGCGCUCAAACUGAUGGGAUUCUUCCUCUGUAGAAGCACGCACAAACGCAAGUACGAUGUGAUGAACCCGCACAAUCUGUACACCCUGCUAGUGGAGAAGAUUCUUCUGAACGAGGAGUCGCUUACUCUGGCGACGUACAACGUUCUGUAUGAGAUUCUGACGGAGCAGAUGACCCAAGGGAUCCUGUACGUGCGCCACGCCGACCCGGAAGUCAGCCACCGCCUGGAGAACCCCAUGAUACUGAAGGUGGUGGCCAGUCUGAUCCGGCAGUCAAAGAACACCGACAGUCUCCGCGAGGUGAAGCGACUGUUCCUCACAGACACCACGCUGCUCUGUCAGGCCAAUAAGGAGAACCGGCGCACCGUUCUGCAGAUGAGCGUGUGGCAGGAGUGGCUGAUCGCGAUGGCCUACAUCCACCCUCGCUCGGCCGAGGAGCAGCGCGUCUCCGAGAUGGUGUUCAACCUGUUCAGGAUGCUGCUGCACCACGCCAUCAAGGCCGAGUACGGCGGAUGGCGCGUCUGGGUCGACACGCUAGCUAUCGUACACUCCAAGGUAUCCUAUGAGGACUUCAAGCUGCAGUUCGCCCAGAUGUACGAGCAGUACGAGCGGCGGCGCGCGGACAACAUCACCGACCCGGCCGUGAGGCAGCAGCGGCCGAUCAGCACCAUCAGCGGCUGGGACAAGCAGACGCCCCCGGCCGCCGGCGCAGCGGCCGGAACGGCGGAGGUGACGGCGCCAGAGGCAGAGGGGCAGAGCGGAGAGACGGCGGGAGCGGAGAAAGCAGCGAGUGGUGGGGAGACUGGUGAUGGAGUGAAGGGGGUGAAAGACAAUGUGAGUGAGGAGAGUGAGAAGGUGGCAGUGGACAGUGGAGUGGGAGAAAAGGGAAGUGUGGCGAGCGAGGAAGCGGGUGAUAAAGUGGAGGGACAGAAAACCUCAGCUGGCGAUGUGGCUGAGGAAGAGACUGCCGUCCCUGCAGCUGCCUCAGAUAGCGCGGAGGUGACUGACAAACCAAAGACUGACGGUGACGACUCAGCUGCCCACCCCUCGCCAUCGCCUGGCGAGAGCUCUCCGGAGCGGGAACUGCCGACAGAGACGAGCCGCAGCUGUCCGGACGGCGCUGAGGCUCCUGACGAGCCGGCGGUACCCGAGAACGGUGCCGCCGAUUCGCCGCUAUCGACCGCCGUGACGCCUCUGGAGGGAUCAUCGCCGGUCGAGGAAGAAAAGGAUGUUCCGGGGACAGACGCGGAGACUGAGAAGGAGACGUCCCCGAAACAUGCACCUGUCUCGCCGGACGGUGAUGCGCAAGUGACUGGUGACUCAGACGCCGCCAAUGGUGACCCAAAGACGGGGAUAUUCAUCGUGUCAAAGGAGUCGGCGCCGACGAAGGAGCCGGAGGAGAACGGUCGACAUGAUGCGGCGACGCCCGAUACGGAUACGCCUGGUGAUAAGCCCGACACUAACGGAAAAAUUGGCAGCCCAGAGAAGGCAGCUGGAGUCGCGUCACCAGCGCCGCAGAGCCCGGCGCAUGGAGACGCGGAUGGUGUCACAGAAAAUGGUGAUGUGGCAAAGGACGUGAGUGAAAAGGAUGAUAGUGGUGAUGUAGGAAAGGGCAACACAGACGGCAGCGUGAAAGAGAGUGCAGCUACUGAUGACAAGGGCGAUGUUUCAAAGAUUGAAGCCGAAAGCAAAAAGGAUGAGCCCGAUUCGAAAGAUGGCGAAGGAAAAGGUAGCGAUCAUGAAGGCGAAGCCGACACCAAUGCUGCCAAGGCGGAGGACACUAAGACCGAAAGUGCCGAGGCUGAUACCACAAAGGAUAACGACGCCCCACACACCGACUCCAAAGAUCACAAGGAUGAUCAGAAGGACGAAGAUCACAAAGACGAAGAUCACAAGGAGGAAGAUCACAAAGACGAGGACGACAAAGAGAGCGAGGGUAGGGAAGAUGCGAGCUCGAGGAAGAGUGGCGAAGGAAUGGAGGAUGUUCUGGACGAGCCGAGCGCCCCCGCGGAGGAGGAGGCUGACCCCGCCGACCCCUCCGCUGACCCCUCUGCUGACCUGGAGGCCGGUGCGGAGCCGGUGGCUGAUGUCCCUGACAGUGUGGAGGUGCCCGAACUCGGCGGGCAGGAGGAGGAGGUCCGCGUGAAAAAGUGGAACGCUCAGGCCAAGCCGGGCGUGGCGCGCAGUGUUUCUCAGGACAGCAAGAAUGAGCGACUGUCGCGACCAGGCUCGGGCGGUAAGGGUGCCUCUCGCGCCAUGUUCUCCCCGGGCCCGUCGCGGCCUCCGUUCCGUAUCCCCGAGUUUCGCUGGAGCUACAUCCACCAACGGCUGCUCUCGGACGUUCUGCUCUCACUGGAGAACGACAUCCAACAGUGGAGACAGCACUCCAACAAGAACAUUCUGGACUUUGUCAACAACAGCGACAACGCCAUCUUCGUCAUCAACACGGUGCACCUGAUCUCCCAGCUGGCUGAUAACCUGGUGAUCGCCUGCGGCGGUCUGCUGCCACUGCUGGCCGCAGCCACCAGUCCCAACAGUGAGCUGGACGUUCUGGAGCCGACGCAGGGGAUGUCUGUGGACGUGGCCGUCGGCUUCCUGCACCGGCUGGUGGCGCUGGCCGACGCGCUGGUGUUCGCCAGCUGUGUCUCCUUCGCAGAGCUGGAGGUGGAGAAAAACAUGUCCAGCGGAGGAAUUCUGAGACAGUGUCUGAGACUGGUGUGCACGGCCGCCGUCCGCAACUGUCUCGAGUGUAAGGAGCGGGAGCGACUGAUGCGACAUCCGGACGUAAAACCGAACCGGACCAUCCAGCUGCUUAUCACUGGUCUGAAGAAUGUGCCCAUCCUGGCCACGCAGGCCGGUGACCCGGACGCCGUGGUGACCCCGGUCCGCGACCCGGAGAAGCUGCUGCAGGAGAUGGACGUCAACCGGCUGCGAGCCAUCGUCUACAGAGAUGUGGAGGAGACCAAGCAGGCGCAGUUCCUCUCUCUGGCGACCAUCUACUUCAUCUCUGUGUUGAUGGUGUCCAAGUACCGCGAUAUACUGGAGCCCGGUCAGCUGACCGCCGUGCGGGCAGCGGCGUUGGCGGGCGCGUCGGCCGAGCCGCCGCCGCCCCCUCCGGCCGCCGACGAGCAGCCUGUCACCGAGGUGCUUGUCGUUGACGAGGCCAACCCAUCCGUUCUAGCCAACCAGGCGGCCGCUGCGGAGCGGGCGGAGUUGGAUGGCUCGGCUCCCCCGGGCCGCGUCUCGCGCGCCUCCAGCCGGCCACCGGACGCCGAGCCGGAGACGGACGGUGGAUCUGCGCCGGCGGCCGACAGACCCCGCGGUGCGGCCGAAGAGAAGCAGUGGUCCGAUGUGCGACUGGACGAGGGCGACGGACAGACGCAGAGCGGUCCGGCUGCUCCGCUGCAGGAGAUCUCCACAGUCAGCAGCUCACCCCACUUUACGGCAGCGUCAGCGGCCAGCCAGAGCUCCCAGCCGCCCGCCACCGUACAGUCGGAGUUCCGACCCGCCCGGCCCGAGGACCUGCACAUCAAGGGCUUCGUGCAUGAGGCGCCGCUGCCGACGCCGACCCGUGAGGCGAACCUGACGCUGAAACUGGAGGUGGCGCUCAGCUCCAUCUCUCCCCUUCUUCGAGAGAUCAUGGUCGACUUCUCAUCGUUCCUCAGCAAAACGCUGAUCGGCAGUCACGGCCAGGAGCUGCUCUCCGAGGGCAAGGGCAUGGCCACGUUCAAGUCUGGCCAUUCCGUGGUGGAACUGGUGAUGCUACUCUGCUCUCAAGAGUGGCAGAACUCGCUGCAGAAACACGCCGGCCUGGCCUUCAUUGAACUCAUCAAUGAGGGGAGGCUGUUGUCUCACGCGAUGAAGGACCACAUCGUCCGCGUGGCCAACGAGGCCGAGUUUAUACUGAACAGGAUGAGGGCCGACGACGUGCUCAAACACGCAGAGUUCGAGUCGGCCUGCGCGCAGACGGUGCUCACCCGUCAGGAGGAGGAGCGGAUGUGUGACCACCUGAUCACAGCUGCUCGCCGACGAGACUCUGUCAUCGCCGGCCGGCUCAUUGAGAGGGUGCUCAACUUGGUGGCCAGCCAGCACGGCGCCUGGGGUGGCGACCCCAGCGUCCCCAGACUGAAGUUCUGGAAGCUGGACGCGUGGGAGGACGACUCUCGGCGCCGGCGGCGGCUGGUGCCCAACCCGCACGGCUCCUCGCACCCAGAGGCCACGCUGAAGGCGGCGCUCGAGCACGGAGCGCCCGAGGACGCCAUCCAGCAGGCGCAGCAGGAGUUCCACGCGCACGUGACGCUCAAACGGCGUCACCAGCAGAGCGUCACGGCCUCAGAGGACGAGUACGACGUGACGGCAGAGGAUCGUGAUAUCGACAGCGAUAUAGCUGGUCCAGUGAACAUGUCGACACCGGCCUACCUUAUGGCUCCCGGCCUGGUGGUCCCCGGUACAAUCUCCAUCACGUCCAACGAGCUGUACUUUGAGCUGGACGAGGACCACCCCGACUACCAGGCCAUCGACGCUGAGUGUGUUUUGUCGUUGCAGGUGCUGCGGUACUGUGACCACAUCCACGGCAAAUGGCACUUCACGGAGAUCCGGGCCAUCUUCUCUCGGCGCUACCUGCUGCAGAACACGGCCAUCGAGAUCUUCCUCGCCUCGCGCACCUCUGUGAUGUUCAACUUUCCCGACUCGGCGACGGUGAAGAAGGUGGUGAAGGUGCUGCCGCGGGUCGGAGUCGGCGUCAAGUACGGCAUCCCGCAGACCAGGAGAGCGUCCAUGAUGGCACCCCGCCAGCUGUUCCGGGCCUCCAACAUGGUACAAAAGUGGCAGCGACGCGAGAUCUCCAACUUCGAGUACCUCAUGUUCCUCAACACGAUCGCAGGUCGGACGUACAACGACCUGAACCAGUACCCGGUGUUUCCAUGGGUGAUCACCAACUACGAGUCGCCAGAGCUGGACCUCAGUCUGCCGAGCAACUACCGCGACCUGUCCAAGCCGGUGGGCGCCCUCAACCCGACUCGCAAGUCGUUCUUCGAGGAGCGCUACAACUCGUGGGAGCACGACCAGAUCCCACCGUUCCACUACGGUACUCACUACAGCACGGCGGCGUUCACGCUGAACUGGCUGCUCCGGCUGGAGCCGUUCACCACCAUGUUCCUGGCGCUGCAGGAGGGCAAGUUUGACCACCCCAACAGGCUCUUCUCCUCCGUGCUGCUCUCGUGGAAAAACUGCCAGCGGGACACCAGUGAUGUCAAGGAGUUGAUACCGGAGUUUUUCUACCUGCCCGAGAUGUUCAUCAACCGGUCGCAGUACAAGCUGGGGCAGAUGGAGGACGGGGUGACAGUCGACAACGUGGCGCUGCCGCCGUGGGCGCACUCACCCGAACACUUUGUCAGGACCAACCGCAUGGCGCUGGAGUCUGAGAUCGUGUCGUGUCAGCUGCAUCAGUGGAUCGACCUCAUCUUCGGCUACAAACAGCGGGGCCCGGAGGCGGUGCGGGCCACCAACGUGUUCUACUACCUGACCUACGAGGGCAACGUAGAGCUGGAGGCGCUCACCGAUCCCGUCAUGAAGGAGGCGAUCAAGAACCAGAUCCGCAGUUUCGGCCAGACACCGUCGCAGCUGCUGAUGGAGCCGCACCCGCCGCGCAGCUCGGCCAUGCACCUGUCUCCGAUGAUGUUCAGCGCGCCGCCGGAGGACGUGUGUAUGAUUAUGAAGUUUGUCAGCAACUCGCCAGUGGUCCACAUCUCUGCCAACACGUACCCGCAGCUGACGGUGCCCUCUGUGGUGACGGUCACACAGAGCCAGCAGUUCGCUAUCAACCGCUGGAACCCGCUCUUCAACAGUGAGUCGGACGGCGGCCAGUCGGCCAGUCCGCCGUACGCGGACGCCGGCACGCCGCCCAUCAGCCUGCCGCUCUCCAUGGACCCGGCGGUGUCGCAGCAGACGGGCGCCAGCCCGCCGGCGCGCCGCCACCUGGGCGACAACUUCUCGCAGCGGCUCGAGAUGCGCUACAACAGCUUCAUCACCACCGUCGACUCCAAGUUCAUCAUUGCCUGCGGCUUCUGGGACAGCAGCUUCCGGGUGUUCUCGACCGAUACGGGUCGGAUCGUGCAGAUUGUGUUCGGCCAUUUCGGCGUGGUGACGUGUCUGGCCCGCUCCGAGUGUAACAUCCUCUCUGACUGCUACGUGGCCUCCGGAGCAGAGGACUGCUCCGUCCUGCUCUGGCACUGGAACGCCAGGUCGCAGAUGCUGCUGGGUGAGUCGGACUGCGCCAGUCCUCGCGCCACGCUGACCGGCCACGAGCGGCCGCUGGUGGCGCUGGUCGUGUCGGCAGAGCUCGGCCUGGUGGUCUCGGCCGCCGCCGCCGGGCCCGUGCUCGUCCACACCACGGCCGGAGAGCUGCUGCACGCGCUGGCCGCGCCCGACGGCGCCGGGCCGCCGCAGCAUGUCUGUCUCAGCCGGGAGGGCAUGAUCGUGGCGGCGCACCAGCAGGCGGCUGUGGUCACCUACUCGGUGAACGGAGAGCGGCUCCGACACGACGUGCACACGUCCAACAUACAGUGUAUGAUUCUCUCCCGGGACGGCGAGUACAUGAUGACGGGCGGUGACCGCGGCGUGGUGGAGGUGUGGCGCACAUUCAGUCUCUCGCCGCUGUACGCCUACCCCGCCUGCGACAGCAGCGUUCGCUCCCUGGUGCUCAGCCACGACCAAAAGUUUCUGAUGGCUGGCCUGGCGACGGGCUCCAUAGUUUUAUUCCACAUCGACUUCAACCGGUGGCACCACGAGUUUCAGCAGCGGUACUGAGCGUCUCGUGCUGUCUUUUAGUCCGUGAGCGGGUGAGUGUUACGUCGUGCGUGAAAGCGUGAGCAAAGAGAGAGAGAGCAUUCCAGUCGGGGCGGGAGGGCGCCCUCUGUGAUGUGACUCGCGCGCUCCGCCCGCCCCGCCCCGGCCCGGCCAUAUUCUUAACGAACUAGUCACAGCCGUCGCCGCUGGCAGCUAGCGCGCGGGGCCGACGCGGCUGCCGCCUCCCGGUUUUGAUAGUGCGAGCUUUUUUGGCGGGCGGUGUGGCGCGUGUCGCGCCGCUGCCGCCGCCGCCCAGUGCCGUCCAAGCCCGGCGCGCGCCCGCGUCCGCGCCGGGCGUGUGCCCAGCCCAGUCCAUCCAGCGAUGCUUGCCGGCCGGCCACUCGCCGCCCCGUGUGCGCGUGCGCAGACAGACAGACCGGCCCCAGGACGGCGAGACGGAGAUGCUCAAUACAGGAUAUGCAAGAGGCGGCGCGGCCGGCGGCGCUGGGGCGUGUCGUGCGCGCGCGCCCGGCUAGCGCCGUUUACCCGCCGAGGGGUCAGCGCCCGUGUUGUUCUUGUUUUAAUUUAAUUAGUGAUUUUGAUCGAUUGCGACUGCGCGGCCCGGCCGGCGGGUGCAUGGUGGCGGGUUCAUUUAUGCGCUGUCGGCGGCUGUUGUGUGCCUGCGGCGGGCAGGCGGCGCCCACUGUAUACUCUGUGACACGCCCCGAGCACUGAAUAUACGGCUGAGCUGGU